AUUCAUUCGGAACUCAACUCAAAAGAGUUCAAAAUUAUUUGGAAAUUGUUUUUCCAAUAUUGCAGUAAAGUAACGUAAAAAUGGCGCGUGUGCCUUUAGGCCCUGGUCCCGGCGCUUACGGUUUGCCCCCAACUAUUGGGUACGAGAAACAUGAUAACCGUAAGCAACGCAUGCCCCAGUAUUCCUUCGGAAUCCGUACAAACAUAUCGGGCAAAGAUGCGGGUCCAGGUCCAGGUGCCUAUCAGGUAGACAAACUAACGCGCUAUGGCAAGGGUGGCGGCUUGGAAUACACGAUGGCCCCGUUGACCCAAUUCAAGGACAAGGGUUUCGGCCCUGGCCCAGGCGCCCACGAUGUCCAUCUAAAGCCCAUGUUCAAAGGUACGGAGGCUCCUGCAUAUUCGAUGGCCGCGCGUCACAACUUCAAUUUCAAGAAGUGUGGACCCGGUCCCAGUGCCUAUAUGUAUGACAUCAACACCGUAAAGCAGGCUGCCCCUAAGUACAGCAUGGGCAUACAAACCAAGGUUUUGGGCAAGAACAACUCACCUGGUCCAGCUGCUUAUGGUGCGGGUGAUCUGAAUCUGAGACUGAAUCGGGCACCCGAAUAUUCGAUGAGACCCAGGUGUGAUAUAGCAAGUACUUCCGUGGGUCCCGGCCCCAAUUAUUAUGACUUGAUGUACUACCGUCCUGGAAAGAAUAGGGGUGCCUAUUCGUUCGGUGUGCGCCAUUCACCGUUUGCGCCACCCAUGAUCGUCAGAUGUGAUAAUAUGUAAAUGUUUGCAAUAUUGGAAAAAUCUAUUUUAAUGUGGAAUUACAAUAGUAAUAAAUUUUAUUAAG